AUGUUCCCUCUAUCCAGAAUAUCACACACCUUCAACAGGUCCCUACUCGGAUACCAUGAAAUGAACCAGCUCCAUCAUCCUCCGUCUCUGGACCGUGGCCUUUCAAGUGACCGUCUCGUUGCUAACCGUGAUGACGACCAUACACCGGCGCUGGAGCCCAAAGUCUCGUCACCUCCGAGAGAAUCUUCAACUACUCCGGGGAGUGAUGGGGCACGGGGCCGGAGGAGAUCUCAAAGGAAGGAUCGCCACAGCAAGAUAUUCACAGCUCAAGGGCCAAGAGACCGGCGGAUGAGGCUCUCCCUCGACGUCGCCAGGAGGUUCUUCGAUCUCCAGGACAUGCUAGGGUUCGACAAGGCUAGCAACACAGUCGACUGGCUCAUGGCCAAAUCAGGAACCGCCAUAGGGGGGCUCAUCCCUCCACAGAGUGACUCCAAGGGUGAGUCCUCCACUUCCGAGUGCGAGGUUAACUCGCUUGGACUAAACGUGAAAACCACCCCACCCAGGCCAAGCGGAGUUACUGCUGAUCCGGCGCGGAAGGCUCUCCCACAUCCUUCCCAGGCGAGGGAGUCGAGAGUUAUGGCUAGGGCGAGAGCCAGAGAGAGAACCAGGGAGAAGAAGAUGAUGGAGGUGGUGUCUGAGGUGGGGCGUCCGAGCUCGUUGACUUCCGCCGGAUCUGGGCAUAUCUCAAUCUUCGACUACACUCACCAUGAUAACAACAACGCGGAAGCCGGUGGCUUUGCAAUAGAACAGUGGGUUAUACAACAAUCAGCUAAUUUUGAGGAUCAUCGGAUUCUCCUGCCUGAGUAUCAGGUUGAAGGUAGAGAGUGGGAACCAUUUAAUACGUCAACGUGA